AUGAUGGAUAGAACUAAUGAGAGCAUACAAGAUGAUUUUAUCCUGUUAGGUUUUUCAGACAGGCCCCAGCUUGAGGUGGUCCUAUUUGUGGUCAUCUUGAUUGCCUAUCUCCUGACAGUAGUGGGCAACACAACCAUCAUCCUACUGUGCCACAUUGACCCUCGCCUGCGAAGUCCAAUGUAUUUCUUUCUUACCCACCUCUCUUUCCUGGAUCUCUGCUUCACCACCAGCUCCAUCCCACAACUGCUAUAUAACCUGAGUGGACCUGAUAAAACCAUUAGCUAUACAGGCUGUGCUUUUCAACUUUUCCUGUUCCUAGCUCUGGGUGGUGUAGAAUGUCUCCUGUUGGCUGUCAUGGCAUAUGACCGUUUUGUUGCUGUAUGCAAGCCUCUUCAUUACAUGGUUAUUAUGCACCCAAAACUCUGCUUGGGACUAGUAUCCACCGCCUGGUUUGGUGGUGUGGUCAACUCCUUGACUAUGUCCCCUGUAACUCUGAAACUGCCCCGUUGUGGGCACAACAAAGUGGACCACUUCUUGUGUGAAAUGCCAGCACUGAUCCGGUUGGCCUGUGUAAACACUGCUGUCAUUGAGGGCACUGUAUUUGUCCUGGCAGUGAUUAUAGUUUUGACACCUUUAGUUCUUAUUUUGGUCUCCUAUGGCUAUAUCACCCAGGCAGUGGUACAGAUCAAGUCAGCAGUAGGGCAAAGGAAGGCCAUCAACACUUGCAGCUCCCAUCUCAUUGUAGUCUCCCUCUUUUAUGGGAAUAUUAUCUAUAUGUACAUGCAGCCAGGGAACAACGCCUCUCAGGACCAGGGCAAGUUUCUUACUCUCUUCUACAAUAUAGUGACUCCACUCUUCAACCCACUCAUCUAUACACUGAGAAACAAGGAAGUCAAGGGGGCACUGAGAAGGCUUCUGGGAGAGAAGAAAGGGACAAGGGAAAAAUGA